AUGCACAGCCCUCCUCCGGAGCUCCAGGGCCGCUGGGCACCGGGGCUUGCUCCCAGAGGGGACCGGAGGCUGGGCCAGGGUCACGGACACCGGGGCCGGAGCGCGGGGCGAUCCCGGACGCGCAGCAGCCGCCACGGGACGGGGGACACCGGACCGGGGCCUUGGGGAGUGGAGCCCGCCGUGGACAGCGGGGUCGCGGUCGGGCUGGGAGGUGCCGGAGCCGGGUGGGGCCCGGUGCCGGUAGUCACGGACGAUACUCAGUGCCGAUACCGGAGCUCGGUAUCAGCACUCGGUACCGGGACGGACGGACGGACGGACGGACUGACUGACGGACUGACCGACCGACCCACCCGCUCACCCACCUCCUGUGCCAGUGCUCCGCGCAGGACUCCCCCAGUGCCGGCGUUCCGUGCCGGCCGCGCCGGGACCCGCCGAGCAGGAAGUGGCGGCGGCCUGGCCCCGCCGCCCCGCCCCGCGGCCCACAGCCCCGGGCCUGGCGGGGACGGGCGGGCGCGGCUUUGGGGAGAAUUUCCCGAAAAUCGGGUGCGCGGGGAUGGGGCUUUCCAGAGCCUCGCGCCCUGCCCGCUAGCACAGUCCCGUGAGAGGACCGCGUGUCCGUGUGCGGAGCGGACAGAGCCGCGCCGGGCACCGCGGGCUCUAGGUCUGGGAAGAAGUGAAAAAAUCCAACCCACAAGUAGAAAAGUUUUAUCUUCUGGCAGAGAUCAAGUGGAACGUGACAUAGCUGUGACACGUGGCACAGGCCUCAGGGAUUCACAAUUGUUCACAUCGCUCUCACCUUGGGAAGAACAUCAGCAGAGAUUUUACCCUGUGUUGUCACAAAUUUGGAACAUACAUCAUCAAUACAUCUGCAAGAACGAAUCCCAGAGAUCUCACUACUGCCCUGCCCAUGUGAAAUGCCUUGGUCUCCCUGCAGAGAGCUGGCAGCCUGAGGAGCCUCACAGGAGCCAAAGUGGCAGGGCUUCCAGAAAAAGUGUGUCAAAAUCAGAGACAAAAGGGUAUUUUUCUGACCCUGGUGGCAGGCAGAGCAGUGCCCUGGCAAGCGGUGCUGUGCAACAGAGCAGCCCGAUGGGCAAGCAGCAGAGUUCAACACGGCUGGGAGAGGACCAGCAAGGAGGAGGGGUCUGGCCUGGACUAACACUUCUAUGUCUGGCAAUAGGCUCACCUAAUACACCGAAUUUUCUUCUUGCAAACACAGAAGUUACAGCACGACAUGAAUCUGAGGUGAUUUUUUUUAAGUUUCUCAAGAGAGACUGGAAAAGCAAGCAUUGUGUAGUGAAGGUGACUAUUUCCAGCUAAAGACCACAUUAAAAAACCCAAAUCAAACGAAUUCUUGGUUUGUUUACUUUGCAACAUAGCUAUAAUGGGCCUCUCCUUUUAAAAUGUCCAUGGGAGGAUGCUUUUAGACUGUGGGAAGAGAGGCUUACAACUUAGCAAGCUGUUCUGCCGAGCACAGCGGCCCAUGGCCAGAAUCUUUGUUGUGCUUGAUGCAGAAGAGAGGUGACAAUCUGCCCCUCCGGGCAUCUCACUUGCCAGGCACCCAGGGCUGUCAUCAAAGUCCGCCCACGGUGACAAAGGGGGGACUCCAAGGGUGCUAUUUCAGGAUGUCCCCAGCCUACAGCUGCGAAGAUUCAAUUCCUGCUCUGUGCUCUGCCCAG